UUUGAGGACAUACCUUGUCGCAUAUUGUGGGCACAUGCGCUGUUCUUGUGGAUGAGCCGGUGUAUCAUGGCGACAUACGUGGAUAUUCUGAAGAGCGAGUUUCCCGAAAUUGACACCGAAGUGUUCGAAUAUAUCACGGGUGUGCUGGACUGUGGAGGGGCGGAGUUUGAGGAUGGAGAGGAAGUGUAUGAUGCGAUUGGUGGGCUGCUGCAGGGUUCAUCGGCUGACUGUAAAAACGAGGAUGACAUCCGGGACAUCUGUCAGCAGAUGUUCAACACUCUUAAACUGAGUAACGGCCAUGCCGCUUCAAAGCAAGUGCUGCUCGACACUCCGGUGCAGUUGUCUCAGAUAUCUGCAGAGUGUGUAUCUGCCACUAACGAUGUCCAAGGGAUCUGGAUGAUGAAGAGGGGCCAGAAUACAACUGUGGACGCGAGGAAGCUAGAGAAGGCCGAAGCCAAGCUGAAGCAAAAACAAGGGAGGAGGAAUGAACGGGAUUCGCAAAAAACAACUAGUCCACUGGUACUGGAGGAGGCAUCAGCCAGCCAGGCCAGUAGCAAAAAGGACAGUCGCGUUGACUUGUCCGGGAAGAAUCGCACCUACGACAUCCGCAUCGAGAACUUUGACGUGUCGUUUGGCGAGCGGUCCUUGCUGCAGGGAGCGGAGCUGUCUCUCUCGACAGGUCGCCGCUACGGCCUGAUUGGCCGCAACGGCCUGGGGAAGACCACGCUACUGAAGAUGCUGGCGAGCCGCAGCCUGCGCGUCCCCACCCACAUCACGAUCCUGCACGUGGAGCAGGAGGUCGCUGGCGAUGACACAGGGGCGCUGCAGAGCGUGCUUGAGAGCGACACAGUCCGGGAGGGGCUCCUGACGGAGGAACGCCUGCUGAAUGCGCGCAUCGCCAACGGAACUGCUGAAGGAAUGGAGACUGUUCGACUGUCGGAGAUCUAUGCUAAACUGGAGGAGAUUGAAGCAGACAAAGCACCUGCCCGUGCUUCAAUCAUCCUAUGUGGUUUAGGUUUUUCUCCCAAAAUGCAAACGCUGACAACCAAGGAGUUUUCUGGAGGGUGGCGAAUGAGAUUAGCUCUGGCUAGAGCUCUCUUCGCCAAGCCUGAUCUUUUGUUACUUGAUGAGCCCACCAACAUGUUGGAUGUCCGAGCCAUUCUUUGGCUGGAGAAUUACCUGCAGACCUGGCAGACCACCAUCCUGGUGGUGUCCCACGACCGGAACUUCCUCAACGCCGUGGUGACUGACAUCAUCCACCUGCACUCGCAGCGGCUGGAGAGUUACCGCGGCGACUACGAGAACUUUGUCAAGACCAAAGAGGACCGCCUGAAGAACCAGCAGAGGGAGUACGAAGCCCAGUUUCAGUACAGAGAGCACAUCCAGGUGUUUAUCGACCGGUUCAGAUACAACGCCAACAGAGCGGCACAGGUGCAGAGUAAACUGAAACUGUUAGAAAAACUGCCUGAACUCAAACCCCUGGAGAAGGAAACCGAAGUCACCUUAAAGUUCCCUGAUAACUUUGAGAAGCUGUCUCCCCCGGUGCUCCAGUUGGAUGAGGUGGAGUUCUACUAUAACACUGACCAGCGCCUCUUCACACAGCUGUCUGUGUCUGCAGACCUGGAGUCUCGCAUCUGCAUCGUGGGUGAGAACGGGGCGGGUAAAUCCACCAUGCUCAAGCUACUGAUGGGAGAGUUAACGCCUGUCAACGGCAUCAGACACGCCCAUCGGAACCUGAAGAUCGGUUAUUUCAGUCAGCACCACGUGGAUCAACUGGACCUCAACGUGUGUUCAAUUGAGCUGCUACUCAACAAAUUCCCAGGUCGUAACGAGGAGGAGUACAGACACCAGCUGGGUGGCUAUGGGAUAACAGGGGAGCUGGCAACUCGGCCAGUGGCCAGUUUGUCAGGAGGGCAGAAGAGCCGGGUUGCCUUCGCUCAGAUGACAAUGCCUUGCCCCAACUUCUAUAUCCUUGACGAGCCAACCAAUCACCUGGACAUGGAAACGAUUGAGGCUCUAGCGAAAGCGCUCAACAAAUUCAAAGGUGGAGUGGUCCUUGUCUCUCAUGACGAGCGUCUGAUCCGGCUCGUGUGCAGAGAGCUGUGGGUUUGUGAGCACGGGAACGUGCGGCGAGUGGAGGGGGGCUUCGACGAGUACCGGGAUAUCUUGCAAGAACAGUUCCGCAAGGAGGGCUACCUGUGAGGGGCAGCUCACCCAUUACGCCAACUAUGACAGUCAUGCCAAGUUGCCAAUUGACUUCAAUAACCUAAAGCCCCCCCACUCUUCACUUCCUGACUGCCAAUCAUCAUCCUCAGGUGGAGAACUGAGUUUAACUGGCUACUGUCCCGGCAUCCUCUCUGCUCCCCCACACUACCGUUUUCGUUUUGUUUGUGAUUUAGUUCGGCCCGGCAGUUCAAAGUGGCAUACUCUUGUCUAUUGUCCUGAAGCAGACAAGUUUUAGGGUACAUGGAGGGUACAAAAUCUGUCCACAUGGAAUGUCGAUUGUGUGUGUACUCCAAAACUGCUCCGGCCUCGCCACUCCCAACCUUCCUGAUCAUAAUAGUUUGAGCUGGUUUGGUUCACUUAACAACAAGGAGGAUAUUCCAUCCUGUGAAGGUGGGGGUGUUGUACCCUUUAACUGUAACCCCAUGUGGGCAGCCUUCUUGGAAUAACGCUACAUCCUUUUAGCUCUCAUUAAUAUCAGUGAAGGGAUGAAUAUGUACAUGGAUUUUUUUUUCUCCAUUUCUUCAUCCAUGUUGAAUAUGUGUGUGAUUGAGUGAGAGAGAGGAUACAUUUUAAGUGAUAUGGGAUGAUGUUUCACCUGAACAUGUGUGCUCGUGAUGGAGAGGGAUCAUCUCUUAAUCAGUGGAACCUGGGGCUGAGCUGAAAUGGCACCUUGUUCCCUACAUUGUGCUGUAUUUUGGGAACUAGCCAAAAGUGCACCAUAGCGUCAUUUCAGACACCCCUGGUCGUGUUCAUUGGGCACCAAACAGAAGAAAACAGUCUGAAAUGGAGGGACUACGUGGACUUGUUCAAUAAGAAACACUCCUUUUCUGUUCCAAAUGUUUUCUGUUGCGUUCCCUAAUGAACACGAUCCUGGAAACAUCCAUAUGUGUUAGCAUGGGAACCCACCAGCACAACAACUUGUACAACAGCAGAAGCUGGCUCCAGGUCUCUUGGGAAGAAGCAGCAGUAUCUCCAAGUAAAGAGGGGUAUUAUUAUAAAUAAAUAUAUAUAUAAUAAAAAAACGAAAUUCCUUCUGCUUCAACGUUAUCGUUAACUUAUAAAUAGCUGUUUAAAGAACUAUUCAAUCAUAACACCAUGCUAAUAAAAAAGCUUUAAUCA